AUGUUAACAUGUUACAUGUUCCAACCACAGGUACUCAGUUCGGAGGUUCUCCCGUGGUACCCGUACCGGGACGACGCAAUUAGGAUCAACGCGGCGAUCAGAAGAUACGUCGCCAAGGUGGUCAACUAUUACUAUGACACACCAGAAAAGCUCGAUAACGACUACGAACUGCAGCAGUGGAGAGACGAACUCGUCAAAGAACGCCACCUGACGGGCGUUGGACUAAAGGGUGUGCCCGGCGACGAGCAUGGCUGUUUCACCAACGUGGAGCAAGUUAUUGACACUGUGACGGCCAUCAUCCAGCAGUGCAGUGUAGGACAUGCGGCGGCGAACUUCCAGCAGUACGAGGAGUACGCCUUCCCGCCCAACUACCCGGCGUUUCUCUACAAUGGACCGCCCAAGGACAAGAGGGCGUGGACGCAAGAGGACAUCGUCUCCAUUCUACCGUCGCGGCACGUCACGCUCGACAGCAUGAUCAUCACGAAGCUUCUCAGCAGCAAGGGCACCAACUCGCUGGGGGACUUCGAGAUCCAGUACAUGUACGAGCCGUACGCCGUCAAGGCAGCCGACGAGUUUCGAGAAGAAUUGAAGUUGAUCAGCGAAGACAUCAAGAAAAGAAAUUGUUGCAAAGACAUCCCCUACCCGUAUCUCGACCCGGAGAUAGUUCCGAAUUCCAUCAGCAUUUAGUAUACGCAAACCACCAUGUACUAGUCCAUCAGGCAGUACGAGGGAAUCUGUUUAAUACCCAUCAUCAAACCCGACGACCACAGUCACUGCUCAAUUGUCUAUUUAAAUUUUAUCGCAGCUGUACAUAAACACGCUAACAUUCUGCCCGUAUGCAAGCGACGUGCGUUUCUUUUAACGCGCUGCGUCAAAUAAAAAAUGCUGUUUAUUAAAGUGAAAAA